CAUUAUGGCAUUAUCCAUAAAAAUAAAACGGUUGUUCUCUGUCUGUACUGUACCCAUUACUCGGUCAAUAUGAUUUUCCUCAUUUCAGCCGAAGCGGUUCGGUGCGGCCCGUGCGAGUACCUAACUGAUCGGUCACAAUUGUCACUAUUCCUAGAUACAUACUUCCUAUAUACGAAGUACGUGGUAUAUAAUAAUAAACUUAUUUCUAUAAUAGGUUUAGAAGAAAAUUUCAAAAAAAAAACUUAUUUAAUACUCCCUCCGUAUUUGAUUAUUUAUUUAUGGUACAAAAGUGUUAUGCACUUAUAAACGUACAUAUCGGAAGAAGAUAAUUAAAGAAAUCCUCUGGAUCCUUAAUUUUCAAUCGAGCUUCGAAAACAAUUGAAUAAAGAAAAAAACAGCGAAUAGAAAAUCAAGCUCGGCCAUUGCAUAAAAACAACUCGAUCCUGCACACCCGUAUAAAUAUGCAUGUCAUUAUUCCAUGUCCCUUUCAAAUCAGAAAGCUAUUAUUUAAUUAAUAGCUUCCCCAUCAUCAAAAUUCAAAAAUAAAAGAAGACCAUUUUGAGAAAGAAACAAGUUAAUAAAACCCAGAAAUUAAAUAUGGCUUCAUCAAGAAACCUGCAGAUUUCUUUCUCAUCAAUGGCCUUGAUAAUGAUAAUAAUAGUAAUAAUAGGUGGUGCAUGGCAAGACGCGGGCGCGGUGGGAGAUGACGUAAAUUCUAACAGCUCCUCAGCCGGCGGCGCCUCUUCCUCAUUAUUCUGCGACGGGUUGCCGGCGGAAAGCGCCCCCUUCUGCAGGGAGGUUCUGGAUGGCGAGACGGCGUGGGAGAAGGCGAUCGUGAAGAUGAUAGGGGCGACGAUGAAGAAGGUGAAGAUGGCGGAGCCAGAGGCAGCGGGGAUCGGAGUGAGGCUGCCGGCGAGCAUCCCGGAGGCGGACAGGGCGAACAUCGACGAGAAGUGCAAGAGCGGGUUCGAGUACGCGCUGCACAACUUGCGGCGGGCGAUGAAGAGGAUCCGGGGCGGCGUGUACGCGCGGACGGACAACGUGGUGUACUCAGCGUGGGCGGGCAUCUACGAGUGCAGCGGCGCCCUCAACCACUUCAAGGUGGACAUGAGCGAGGAGCCGUUCAAGGUCCAAGAUGAGGCGGAGAAAGCCGUCGGCGCUUGCCACGGAGCGGUUUCCAAAGCCUUGGAUGCAGGAGGCUUGAACAAUCCACCACUUGAAAAUUAAUCCAUCCAUUUCUCACGUACAUACAAUAUUUUAUACUACUGUAGUAUAUAUGUACGUCCAUAUAUAGAUAUAUUAAUCAAUUAAAGUGGAUCAUAUCCAUAUAUAUGCAUAAAUUUUGUGAGACGAAUUGAAUGGAUGUUUAACAUAUAACCAUUGAUUUGCAAAGAUUAAUACUCCGUAAUAAUU